CUAAAUAAUUCGCCCGCCAAAAAUAAAUCGAUAAAAAUGGAGUUGAAAAAAAUGGGUAAAAUCUUAAUAAUGUUAGCUACAAUAGUAGUAGGGGAAGAUCUUGAUAGUGGGCAGCAAGCAGAGACAAGCGCAGCCGAGUCGGCAACGGCAACGGCAACGCCGAGGGUGCUACUAAUCUUGGCCGCCAUUUUGGAACGUUUGGUUGCUAGGAAUGAUCCACUUAUAGAGCAUAGUCGUAGCAACUUGAUUUAUCAUGUUGGUCCGAACUUGAAGGUGUUUAAUGGGGUGAGAUCUCCGAACAUAAGUAUAGCCAAGUAUUUGGAGAGGCUAUACAAGUAUACAAAGUGUAGCCCUUCUUGUUUUGUGGUUGGAUAUGUGUAUAUAGAUAGGUUGGUUCAUAAACACCCUGAGUUGCUCGUUAUUUCUAUUAACGUUCAUAGGUUACUCCUCACAAGCGUCAUGAUUGCGUCUAAGAUGCUUGACGAUGUGCAAUACAACAAUGCGUUCUAUGCUAAAGUUGGAGGAAUAAGCAACACAGAGCUAAACAGAUUGGAGCUUGAAUUACUUUUCUUGUUAGAUUUCGAAUUGAUGGUUAGUUCUCCCAUAUUUCAGAGCUAUUGUUGGUAUCUUGAGAGGGAAGAUUUGCGAAUUGGCUCUACAUUUAUCCCAAGAAUUGAACAGCUACCAUUGUCAUUUGAUAUCAAAGAUGACGUCAAUUGUAUUUGAUUAUUUUGGAAAGAAACACAUAUCCUUUUUAUUCUAGGUAACUAAGAUUUUCUUUUAUAUUA